CUGGCUUUUACUAGUCUCUCUUGCUUCAGUUCAUCACGUCGUACAACAAAACCCUUGGUAGUUGCUCCUUCAUCGCCUCCACUAUCUCCAGUUGAGGAGCGUAUUCUAAAUUGCCGCCCAAAACCUCAGAUCAGGUCUACUUGUUCGACGCAGUCUGAUCAGGCAGUGUCUAAGUCACGUGGUAAACCGCUUGGAAAGAGUGAGGAAGAAACUAGCUCCAAACAGCCACGGAAAUCCUGCCUAUCUAAAACUACUCAGUCAGUAUUACCAGCUAGACUCAACCUGAAGAAGAAAACUGUAGCAUUUGGAAAGACAGUAAACGUUUCACAAACUAUUGAGGUACCUCGCUCUGCGAUUCUGUGGUUGGGAGGCACUUCGAAACUGUCGAAACUGAAACAAGCCAUGAAUAAGAGUUUACAAUCGAAAGAAAAUAUUGCACCAAGUGCUGAAAACAAAGAAAAUGAGCAUGAGGAGGCCAAGGACGAGCCCAAAGAUGGAUCUCUUCUGGAAAUUUUGAAAGAUGUGAAGUCGUCAUUGGAUGUGCUGAAGGCUCGCGAUGAAGAGCGGGCCAAUGAACUUCGUAAUAUCCGUCGAAUAGUGGACGAGAGAGGAAAGGAAGUUGACCUCCUCCGGGGGAUGUUUGCAGACUACAUUAGCAAAGACGGUGCCCACUCGUCUGAUUCCAAAGUGGCUUCCUUUGCAAAAAGAAACGCUCAAGACGAGGAUAGAUCUAGAGCCAAUCUCAAUUAUGGAAAGUUCUCACGAAAUCCCUCCCCACAACGUCGACAUCAGCACCAGCACAGCCCACCAACCAAGAGCACCGGUAAAAUGGGCUACCGAAGCGAUCCUGAUCCUGAUGAUGUAGAUGGAAUCACUUUCGAGGAAUUCAAACGACUCCUGAAGACGAACCCUGCCCUGCGCCAGUUUGUGUUGGACAUCCGUCACGAAGAGUAUGAUCAGCGCACGGGGUAUGCAGAUCGUCACAGGAAAGCGGAAAGAUUCGAAUCACCUCAUUGGAAGGAUUCUCCACGACGAAUAGAGCGCCCCAGAGAAAAUAACCCUCAAGCAGCAAAACAUCUCGAAGAGGUCAAGCGCAGAGAACCCCGCGCUGGCGCUAAGUUCACUGAGAAAGUGACAGUGGAACGAAGUAUACGAUGUUCUCCGCCACAAUUAGCUAAAUAUUCUGUGGACACAAGAAGAUAUAUUGAGGAUCAGAUUUUGGAAGAAGAGUCUGAAGAACUCCAAUCGAUGUACUGUCCUGGAGAAAGUGUUAGUUAUUACCCGGAACAGCUCCGACAACGUAGGUGUGCUGGAGACUUGAAUGAUUCCCAUAUUGAGGAUGAACGAGGAGGUCGAAAACAUGAUAAUAUGACGGCCGAAGAACGUCGUAGACAUCGAAGAGAUCGUCGUAGCGAUCGUUGUCAGGAUUAUUAA